GCUAUUAUUGUGAAGAUUUUUCUUAAAUUUCACCCGGAACUGAUGACCACGAUCUCCCUAAUGCUGCUGGCUUAAUACCAGUCAGUUUCCUUCCUGAAAGUUUGAAGCCUGUUGCACGCAUUCAACAUGAGAGAGAAAGCGACGGGCAUUUGGUCUUGCAGGCAUUCUGUAGAUUUCACCGUGGCACGAGCUCUGACCCUCAACGGGCCUAGCGUGAUGUAGAGCCGCCUGGAGUCUGGGGGAACCGCUGGGCUGAAGGACAGCCUUGUGUUGCUCGCUGUUACUUCAAGGUUAUGAAACAGAUGCUGUGCACUGAAGAGGGAGAGGGGAGCGAGAGACUGAAACUCACUUGAUUCUCAGCUGUGCUGGUUUCUGCCAUGAAUGGUAACACUAUCCACCAGACCACGACCGAGGCUUCCGUUACAGCGCCACGCGGCUGGAGGGAGUUCUGCGAGCUGCAUGCCGUCGCCGCCGCCCGGGAACUAGCCAGCCAUUACUGGAACUUUGCCCGGGAGCAGUCGGAACAUGACGUCGUCCCGCCUGACAGCUUCUCCAGGCAGUUUGGCGAGCUGUUCCAGCAGCACUUCCAGAAUGAGGUGGCCAAAGAGAGUCCCUUGUUGGCCCCGCCGUUCCUGCCGACGAUUGGCCGGCUGCAUGUUGGGCCCUCCUUGUCCGGUGCCCUGGACUACCGGGAGUCUACCAGCGCCCCGGCCCUGUUUGCCAUGCUGCCCCCAAAGACGGACCCCAUGGCGGUGAGCCGGGAACAGGAGCGGGCCCAGCGGUGCUCGGCAGCCAGCCCGGAGCUCUUUCCCCGACCUCCCACCCUGAGCUGCAGCCAGGAAGAGGCGGCACUGCUGGAGCGGCGGUCUGCAUCUGAACGGUACAACCCGGCUUCGACUGCCUACCCGGCUGCUGAAACCACGCACAUCUCCGUCAGACAGAUCAGGGAGAAUGUGUGCCGCCUCUUUAAGAAGCGCCCGCCCCCUGCUCCGGACGAGCCGGUGGGCCGGGUUACGACUGGGUGUCCGGACGCGGGGAUGUCGUCGACUGUGGCGGCAUUGACUCUGACCCCCUCCCCGGAGGCCUCCCCCUCAGCCGCUCCUUCGUCGACGGCGGUCCACAUUCUGGACCGGCUGGCCAGCAGGUUCGGCAGGCAGAGUGUGAAGCGCCGGGCUCGGGCCGCGGGCAGCUGCAAGGAGGGCCAGCUGAAGUACCUGGUGGUUGAUGACACUAUCUCAGACACACAGCAUCGCUGGCAGCACUGCCGCCUGCUGGUGAGGGAGACCCGGGAGGGCCUGGCUGGAGAGAGGUUCCAGCUGGAGCUCUACGACCCACCCAAGGGCUCCAGUCCCAAGCUGACAGCCCGUUGCUCUGACAUCCUUGAGAUCCGUCGCUGCAACCGCCUGGAGAUGCCUGACAACAUGAACACGUUUGUUUUAAAGGUGAAUCACUAUCCAGGUAGUCUCAUCUUUGAGACGGACAAUGACCAGCAGGUCAGCUCCUGGACAACAGAAAUUAAAGAAUGUAUGAACAACAGGUCUGUCAGCGUAGAUCUGGAGCUCCUGAGCUACCCUGUGGACAGCGCUGCCUCAGCCAAUCGGAGAGGGAGCUCAGAGUCCGGCAGUCAGGGAUCUGCGACCUUUGCCCUCUCGGAGCAGGUGUACCAUAAGACUGACCACUUCCUGUGUUCGUACCCCUGGUUUCACGGGCCCAUCUCGCGGGUCAAGGCAGCCUACCUGGUCCAGAGCCCAGGCCUGGAGGGACAUGGAGUCUUCCUGGUGAGACAAAGUGAGACCCGUCGUGGAGACUACGUCCUCACCUUUAACUACCAGGGGAAAGCCAAGCACUUGCGUCUGUCGGUGACAGAACGGGGUCAGUGUCGGGUUCAGCACCUGCGUUUCCACUCCGUCAUGGACAUGCUCAGUCACUUCCGCCUCUACCCCAUCCCUCUGGAGUGUGGCGCUGCCUGCAACGUCACCUUGUCCAGUUUUGUGGUGGCCAACUCACAAGGUCAGAUUUCAGCCGCCGUCCUGGUGCCCUUCUCCCUGCACCGCUGGAGCUCCGAGCCCAGUCUGACCCACUGCGGCCCAGCCACCUUCCCCAGCCUGCCCCCUUCAGCAGCCCCCACUCGAGGCCCCCAGCCCGGACAGGCACCUCCGCGCUCCACCCCUCUCCCAGGCCCUCCCACUCUGGGCCCCCUGCGCCGGAGCGAGUCGGUGGGCCGCCGGCCGCUGCUGCGCCACCCCAACCCGCAGCCGCCCGUCCACACCCCACGGGACUCUGACUAUGAACUGGAGCCGGACCAGGGCCGCAAGCGGGCCAUUGAGAACCAGUACAUGUUUUUAUGACUGCCACACUCCCCAUGGAAGCAGGGGGGGCAUUAAUGUGUGACUGCCGGGGGGGGGGGGGCCUGAGGUGUCCAUUUGAAUGUAUUUUCCCAAAAAAAUAAGUAUUUAUUGUUAAAGUAGUGGAUGUGGUUGCUACAUGGUGUUGAAUGGCGCAGGUGGGAAAGGUAUUCCUUGAGUCCGAGCUGAGGACGGGUCAUCCUGUUCCUUCCUCACUGAGUGGGGGUCUGUUCCAGACAAUCGUUAGGCAACACUCGCUCUCCUCCACUCUUCCCGCACAAACAAUACUUUCACGGCGUAUUGUCACUCUUUGAUACCCUGCGUUUUUGCAUAUUUCUAAAUGCACAACUUUUGUAACACAGUGUGGCCUACACGCUGCGUAUUCGAAUAGGUCAAGUUGACUUUUUUUUAGGAAAAUCUAAUUGUUUAUAAAGAUACGGGAUAGAAAUUGAUUCUCGUCGUUGGAGUGUGUGUUAGUGUUGCACCUGGAGUUGGAAAUUAACAAGAGAGUUAUCCCCUGAAGGGAGGGUUCCCGAGCAACACAACCAAAUCCAACUGUGUCCACUGCCGUGGCUUUCUGGCCCCUUCGCACACAUGGACGUGAUACAAACUAUAUUUUAAUGUUACUACAGAGUUUGUCUACCCAAAAAUAUUGACACAACCAUUUUGUGCUUCAUUUACGAUGAUGGUUGUUCUUAUUUUGGUGCAGAAAACCUGUAUCACAAGCAAAGCAAUCAGAAUUUGUGCGAGGCCAAAAACCUGCAUGUUUGUUUUCCUCUCUGAAAUAAACAGCUUAAUAGCAUUACAUUAUUUUUCCUAUUGUAAUGUGUUUCCUCCUGCUCUACAAUUUAAAGAAAGCGAUGGACUAGAGAGGGAAGGCUUACCUAAUCGUUUCCCUAACUGAUCCUGAUUCCUUUUGAGGGAAUGUUAGUGGGGGGGUUUUCCAAGUUAAAUGUCACAUCAUCUUUUCCUUGCUCAACACUAACUUAACAGUGAAACCUUCAAGACAUAAACCGAAGCUCAACCUCCAUUCGUACUGCAACAUUCAUGGUAAUGUUUCUCAUAGGUUUUCCUGUUUUUCUGAAAUGCACAAAGGCAGGUGGAAUUCCUUUUACAUAAUCAGGAAAUCCACUUGCCCUGAAGAGAUGUCUUUUCAUUGCAUAACCCAGUAAAAAAAAAAAAUCUAUCAAGGAAUUUUACAAUUGUUUUUAAUUAGGCACCUUCCAAUAUUGAAACUGACAUUUUCAUGUAUUUAGGUGGGGAAAAAGGAUAGACAAUUGCGGACAAAGUACGGUUGGUCUCCUGCGUUUAUAUUUCAACUAAUCCCAAUCCCACAAUGUGCGUGUUACUGACGUAAAGCAACGGUAACUAUCAGCCCCAUUGCGCUUGCCAGAGCAAAAGACCGCUUUGCCUGAAAACUGAAGUUGAUUUACCCAUUGGAAUCUCAGGACGCGACGUUAGGAAUUAGUGCAAUAACUACGACAUUUCAGUGCUUCAGCAUGUGCCGCGUUGAAAAACGCUUUACAUUUUAACAUGUACAUUGUGUUUGAGAUUAAUCAUAUUGGCAAAAACACAGCAAAACAAUUCCCUCUUUGUACCUAUCAGCUAGCAGGAAGAACAACGAACAGUUGCACCAGCGUUGUAUCCUCUAUUGGACUCCAUUACUGACGCCUUGUGUUGCUCGAUCUUCCACUCAUGCCUGUCUGCAUUAAAAUUAUCAGGUUUGUUUUAUACUCAACUAAGGGCCCGUGUACCUCAGGUCUAUGUAUUUAAACAUUUGCUUACAUGCUUUUAUUUUCCGCGUCUUGCCUGUCAUUGUUCAACUGACGUCUUCUCAAUACUGUUGAUUUUAUGUAUUAGCACUGUAAACAUGAACAUUUUCCCGAACUAGCUCUUGAACCAUGCCAUGGCUUUCUGUCAGUCUUCUCAAUUGUUACAUUUCCCUCAUAGUUAAGAAUUCUAAAUUAUAUAGCAACUGUACAAUUGACUUUUGUAAAAUAAAGCUAACUAUAAAAAAACUA